AUGAAACAAGUAAGAGCCACUUUAAUCCCAAGCCCCCCUACAUACAAUUCCAAAUAUGACUACUUGAACUGGGAGGCGUAUUCCAACAUCACCUACUACACAAGGAUUCUGCCACCAGUCCCUCAGGACUGCCCCACACCAAUGGGGGCUAAAGGGAAAAUGAAGCUUCCAGACCCCAAGAUUCUUGUAGAGAAGUUCAUGUUAAGACGGAAUUUCAGGCUGGACCCUCAGGGAACAAAUUUAAUGUUCGCCUUUUUCGCUCAGCACUUCACGCACCAGUUUUUUAAGACUCACAACCGUAUGGGACUUGGGUUCACAAAAGGUCUAGGUCAUGGGGUGGAUGCUGGACACAUUUAUGGAGAUUCUCUUGAUCGCCAGCUGGACCUCAGACUGCAUAAAGAUGGGAAAUUGAAGUACCAGGUUGUCAGUGGUGAGAUAUACCCUCCUACUGUGCUAGAUGCACAGGUCAAAAUGAGCUACCCACCGUCUGUACCUCCAGAGAUGCAGUUGGCCAUUGGACAAGAGGUGUUUGGACUGCUGCCGGGUCUCAGUAUGUACGCCACCUUGUGGCUGCGUGAGCACAACCGCGUUUGUGAUAUCCUGAAAAAAGAACAUCCGACCUGGGGGGAUGAGCAGUUGUUUCAGACUGCCAGGCUAAUCAUUAUAGGUGAGACCAUUCGUAUUGUGAUCGAGGACUAUGUGCAGCAUCUGAGUGGUUACCGGCUGAAGCUCCGGUUUGAUCCCAAGAUACUGUUCACCUCACAGUUCCAGUACCAGAACCGCAUUUCUGUGGAGUUCAGUCAGCUUUACCACUGGCACCCGCUCAUGCCUGACAGCUUCCACAUCGAUGGAGAUGAUAUUCAGUACUCUCAGUUCCUUUUCAACACCUCUAUCCUCAUGCACUACGGGGUGGAGAAGUUGGUCGAGGCCUUCUCAACCCAACCUGCAGGACAGAUCGGAGGUGGUCAUAAUAUUCACCCAGUGGUGUGCAAAGUAGCUGAGGGGGCCAUCACUGAAUCGAGGGAGCUUCGACUUCAGCCCUUCAAUGAGUAUCGCAAGAGAUUCAAUCUGAAACCCUAUACAUCAUUCUCUGAAUUUACAGGAGAUGAAGAAAUGGCUAAAGAACUAGAGGAACUCUACGGCGAUAUUGAUUCACUAGAAUUCUACCCAGCUCUUCUUCUAGAGAAGACACGACCUGGUGCGAUAUUUGGCGAAAGUAUGGUGGAAAUGGGAGCCCCAUUUUCCCUAAAAGGCCUGAUGGGAAAUCCCAUUUGCUCCCCUGACUACUGGAAGCCCAGUACAUUUGGGGGGCAGACAGGCUUUGAUAUAGUAAACUCUGCUUCUUUGAAGAGACUGGUUUGCCUCAAUACAAAAUGGUGUCCUUAUGUAUCUUUCCAUACUCCUCCAUCAGAUUAUAAUCAACAGAAGACAUCUCAUGGUGGUGAACUUUAGCACAAUGUACUUCUCCAAUCUGUUUUAAAUCAAAGACCACAAUUUUGAUCUUUAAUAAGAAGCUUAAUGAUAUUCAA